AUGUCGUGCAACACCAAAUCCACCUGCAAAGGUUGUUCCUGCAGCAACAACCCACCCCCAAAUAUCGAAGACUGCGAAAGCGAGCUCCUCGCCCUCCGCAAGCGAACCCACGAUCUAGAAAAAAAGCUGGCAAAUCUCCAAAUCCGCACCACAGCACCACAGCGCAAGCUACGCUCAACACGAUGGUUCAACGACGACGAAAAUCCAGGCAUGACAGCUCUGUAUAUCGAGCGGUAUCUUAAUUAUGGACUGACACGCGAGGAGCUCAUGUCCGGGAAGCCGAUUAUCGGUAUUGCGCAGUCAGGCUCGGAUCUCGUGCCUUGUAACCGGCACCAUUUGGAGUUGGCGAAGCGGACGACGCCUGCGGCAUUGAUGGCGGCUGCUACUGUGAAUAUCCCGGCCAUUUGUUUAAAUGUUGGUCCGAUGUUGAACGGAUAUCUGAAGAAUGAUCUCGCGGGAUCAGGGAUGGUAGUCUGGAAGGGAAGAGAGAUGUAUGCUGCUGGCGAGAUGAAUCGGGAGGAGUUCAUGGAUUAUGUGGCUCGUGGAGCACCGUCUGUCGGCCAUUGCAAUACUAUGGGUACAGCCUCAACGAUGAACGCACUAGCAGAAGCACUGGGCAUGGCGCUCCCAGGCUCGGCAGCAAUUCCAGCUCCAUACCGGGAACGGGGCCAGUGCGCGUAUGAGACCGGCGAGCGCAUUGUCGAAAUGGUCCACGCAGACCGUAAGCCAAGCGAUAUCAUGACACGGGCAGCAUUCGAAAACGUUAUAGCCACAAAUACCGCUAUUGGUGGGAGUACAAACGCUCCCAUACAUAUUAACGCCAUGGCCAAACAUAUCGGCGUCGAACUAUCACUUGACGACUGGGACCAGAUUGGGUUUCAAAUCCCUCUACUCCUGAACAUGCAACCCGCCGGCGAGUUCUUAGGGGAGGAGUAUUUCCGCGCCGGCGGACUCCCUGCUAUCAUGGCAGAGUUGUUAGACGCCGGGAAACUACGUCCAGAUGCAUUAACCUGUAAUGGAAAAACAGUGGAAGGGAACGUGCGUGGCAAGCACACCUGGAACCGGCAGAUUAUCCGAGCGUAUACCGAGCCGAUGAUGAAGGAUGUCGGAUUCUUGCAUCUGAAAGGCACUCUAUUUAACUCGGCGAUUAUGAAAACAUGCGUGAUAUCAACAGCUUUCCGGCAAAGAUUCCUUGAAAACCCAGACGACCCCAACGCAUUCGAGGGUGCCGUUGUGGUCUUUGACGGGCCAGAGGAUUACCAUAGCCGACUUGACGAUCCCGCGACACCAAUCGAUGAUAGAAGUAUCUUGGUCAUGCGCGGCGCAGGUCCCAUGGGCUACCCGGGCGCCGCUGAGGUAGUCAACAUGCACCCUCCAACACGGCUAUUGCGACAAGGAAUUACCUCACUUCCCUGCAUCGGUGACGGCCGGCAGUCUGGUACAUCUGGCUCGCCUUCUAUUUUGAAUGCAAGCCCCGAAGCAGCAGCUGGUGGGAACCUUGCGCUUCUUCGUGACGGGGAUCGGCUACGGGUAGAUUUGAAUAAACGUCGCGUUGAUAUUUUGAUUGGAGAGGAGGAACUCCAGCGUCGUCAUGAGGACCUCAAGGUUCGGGGUGGGUUCUCUGUUCCCGAGAGUCAAACACCGUGGCAAGAGAUCUUCCGACGAGAGACUGAUCAGUUGAAUGAGGGUAUGGUUUUACGAGAUGCUGUUAAGUAUCAGCGUAUUGCGCAACGCUGGGAACCUCGGCAUAACCAUUAG